AUGUUAGAACCGUUGAUCGUUCUGACGGUGUUGAACUGCUUCUUCAUGUUCAGUUCGACGGUGACGACCUGUGCUUUGUGGUGGCAGUAUCGCAGUCACCGCUGCUGUUUCAGGAGAGAUCCCGCCGGCCACGCCUUCUCUAAGAUGAAAAGCACCAGCGCAAAGGCGACGAAGAAAUCGGAGAAAACGAAGCCGGAGAAUGCGAGCGAAAACGGGAAUGGGAAUAAUCGUGAGAAAUCGAGCUCCAUGAUGCAUCGCGACAUCAAGAGCAGGAGGAGCUCGAAGCAGAAGGCGAGAUCGAAGAAGCUACUCCAAGAAAUCGCGAAAUCAGUUGAUCGAUUAUCUUCCAGGGAUACGAUGGAUAGCUGGGAAAUCGAGAACAAUGCUGGAAUUUCCGAGGACAAUACCAGAAUGUCGGAGGACACUGCCAGAAUGUCGGAGGCCUCGCAGACUGCCAACGAAGCUAAGUCAGCGGUGGUAAUGGAGUACUCGACAGUCCAAAAAAUUGUCCAAAUUCUCGAUGACACUACAGACUUGAACGCUACGAAGCUGGCCAUCAGAGAUUUCAAUGCCAGACACAAUUCCGAGCGAAAAACGGCGCAUGAUUUCAGCAUCGAACCGAAGAACGAACCUCGAAUGCCUGUAUACACAACUUUACCUCAAACUUAA